GCCGAAUCUUCCAGAAUACUUCUUCCAUAUAAUAAUAUGUAGCUCACUUCUCCUUCUUCGCCGUUUCCAUCGUUUCCUAUCCCGAUCCCGAUUGAAUUAAUUACUGCAGUUUUCUUUGAUCGAAUCAAUAUUUUCGAUGCCUACUCGUCCGGUCGGAGGAAUAGCCCAGGACUGGGAGCCGGUGGUGCUUCGUAAGCAAAAGCCCAAGUCCUCAGAGCUCCGCGACCCGAAGGCCGUGAACCAGGCGCUUAGGACCGGCGCUCAGGUUCUGACCGUGAAGAAAUUUGACGCCGGUUCAAACAAGAAGGCUCCGGCAACGGCAGUGAACGCAAGGAAGCUGGACGAGGCGGCGGAGCCGGCUGCGCUGGACAGAGUUCCAGCGGAGGUGAGGCUGACUAUACAGAAGGCAAGGAUAGAGAAGAAAUUGACACAAGCGGAGCUAGCAAAGCAGAUUAACGAGCGAACUCAAGUGGUCCAAGAGUACGAGAAUGGAAAGGCUGUGCCAAACCAGGCGGUGCUGGCUCGGAUGGAGAAGGUUUUGGGAGUCAAGCUGAGAGGGAAGCCAAAAUGAUUGAUUGUGUGAUUGAUUGUUGAGAUAGAAUAACUUUCAACUACGUUGGGUUGUGAAUUUGUGAUGUCUUGGAAGUAGGGGUGGGUUCGGUUCUUGCGGUUCGGUUUUGACCUAAAACCAAAUAUAGAAUCAAAGUAAAAAGUUCGGUUCGGUUUCGGUUCGGUUUUACACUCCAAAACUUGGAAUCACGGUUUGAUUGGUUCGGUUUGUUUCGGUUCGGUUUCGGUUUUUUCGGUUUUUUACCAAAAAAUUAUCACUUGAUUCAAAAUUGAUAUAAUACUUAGAGGGAUCAAACAUAUUACAUAAAGAAUGCAAGCACAAUACAACGACAAAUAAAAUAAAAAUGAGAAGAGAUAAAUAUGUCUUGAAUUAUAUGAGUAUGCGAGAUAGA